UUGUGAUUGUCAAACACCUUUCCUCCUCCUCUUGCAGUCAGAGAGAGUGAGUGAAGCUUGUGUUUUCCUCUUUUUUACUUUCUUCAAGAAUAUUUUAUUGUGUGAGACACAGAGAGAGAAAACAGCCAGCGCUUGGCAUGCUUUUCACUGCUUUGCACACUAGAAACAACAACAAUAACAGUGUUUACACCAACCCAACCGACUCCCUUUCUCUCUUCUUUAACCACACUCGGCUUUUCUCUAGAAUUUGAUUCCGGGUUUUGACUGUCUGCGGAGCCACCAUUUUAUGGCAUGAAAAGAUAAGAAAAACCAUCCUUUUGAGAUUGUGUUUUAUUCAAAACUGUGGUCUUUUUGUUUGAUUUAAAGCUAGAGCUUUGAGAUUUGCGAAAGGGUCAGUCUGAACAUUUUUGCUAGGGAAAGAAGUGAGCUUUUUGGAUAUCUUUUGUAGCUUGAUUUUUUAUAUGAAAAACCUAUGUUUUUCUUGUUUCCAAAUUUGGCUUUUAGUGCUGUGAUUCAAGUUAAAUGGUUGAUUAGUGUUUUUUUGCUCUCGUUUUUUUAGUUGGUUGGAAUUGUUUUCAUCAAUUUUUGAAUGCGUGAGCACUGAAUGUUUUGAAAUGUAGUUGAAUGAGAAACAGUUUCUGUGCAUGCAAGUUCAGAUGUUUCCUUGUCGGGUCACAUACAAAUUGAGUUUCUAGUCUAAAUUUAGAGGCGUUGUGGUUUCUACAUUGAGUUCCAGAGGCUUAAGGGUUAAGCAUCUGGUGAUUUUGUUAAGACUUGGUUCAAAUCCAUGAAGAAUCUUUACUGUUUUAAGCAAAUCUAUAACAAUGGAAAAUCAGAGAGGAGGCUUUCUCUUGGAGAAUAUAAGAGAGCGGUUUCUUGGUCCAAGUAUUUGGUGUCAUCUGGGGCAGAGAUUAAAGGAGAGGGAGAGGGGGAAUGGAGCGCAGAUAUGUCUCAGUUGUUUAUUGGUAACAAAUUUGCAUCUGGGAGGCACAGUAGGAUAUAUAGGGGGGUGUAUAAGCAAAGCGAUGUGGCAAUUAAGCUUAUAAGUCAGCCUGAAGAGGACGAGAACUUGGCUACUAUGCUUGAGAACCACUUCACUUCAGAGGUGGCUUUGCUGUUUCGGUUAAGGCAUCCUAAUAUCAUCACUAACAAUGAAAGUGAUUCCAACAUGCAAUGUUUCCUGGCUUGGUUUUGUGGAACAAAUUUGUUUGUUGCAGCUUGUAAGAAACCUCCUGUAUUUUGUAUAAUCACCGAGUAUCUGGCUGGGGGUUCGUUGAGAAAAUUUCUCCAUCAGCAAGAGCCAUAUUCAGUUCCUCUCGAUCUAGUUCUGAAAUUAGCCCUUGACAUUGCACAUGGGAUGCAAUAUCUCCAUUCACAAGGGAUACUUCACAGGGAUCUCAAAUCUGAAAAUUUACUGCUCGGAGAAGAUAUGAGCGUCAAAGUUGCUGAUUUUGGUAUUUCCUGUUUGGAAUCUCAUUGCGGUAAUGCAAAGGGAUUCACAGGUACAUAUCGAUGGAUGGCUCCUGAGAUGAUCAAAGAAAAACAUCACACAAAAAAAGUUGAUGUCUAUAGUUUUGGCAUAGUCCUCUGGGAGCUCCUGACAGCAAUGACACCAUUUGACAACAUGACUCCAGAACAGGCUGCAUUUGCUGUCUGCCAAAAGAAUGCCAGACCACCAUUACCCCCAAAAUGUCCAAUGGCCUUUAGUCAUCUCAUUAACCGAUGCUGGUCCAGCAAUCCAGAUAAACGACCACAUUUUGACCAGAUUGUUGCGAUUUUGGAAAGCUAUUCAGAGUCCCUCGAGCAGGAUGCCGAAUUUUUCACAUCCUACAAGCCUCCCACCAAUCAUACUAUUUUGAGAUGCUUCCCAAAACUUAUAGCUGGCCGUCGGUCCGCUUCUGUAAAAGCCUAGGAACUGUAACUAAAUUAUGUGUAAUGCUAUAUGUAUCAUAUGCUUUUCUUUUCUAGGGUUGUAUGCUCAGUUGUGGUCAGGAGCUUAUGAAUGGCCUUUUCUUUAUUUUCCUUGUGCAGCAUCAAAUAUAUUGGAACAAAAAGCCGUUCCUUACAUUGA